AUGGCCGCGGACACAGAGCGUGUGGCUUUGUUGCGACCAGCUUGUUGCUCUGCAAUGAUGCUGGAAAGGGAGCUUAGCUUAUGUUUCGGCAAUGAGCUGCUGGUAGGCAAGCGCAUUUGCAAGAUCAGAUCGGAUGUUCGCGAGACAGGCAGAUCGCCGCGCAGGAAGUCGCCUUCAGGAUCCGCGGAAUGGCUAGACAGAGGUCUGGGAGUGCUUUCUCCGUCUCGCGCAGAGCCGCAGCUGCAAGCUCGGAGAGUCGAAGCUUUCGUUGACGCGGAUCCAGAGCUACAGCCAAGAGGUGGCGUGGGAGGUGCUCUGGGUUAA